CCUUUUUACUUCUUUUUUGGUGGCUGCCUGGGGUUCGCCAUCUAUCCAUGCUUCUCGCUGUUCUUACUCUUUUUCUGCUCUCAUUUUAGUUGCAUUCCCCAUUUUUGUUUCAGGCACUGCUUGAUGCUGCUGAGCUGAGGAUCGGCCGAGCCCAUAAUGAGGAUGAGCAGGUUUGAUUUCAAGCCGCCAUUAGAAGCAACGUGAUAAGCAGAAGUUUGCAGAACGUUUGAAAGCAACAAAUAGCUGGCGCCUCCUUUUGGGUAUUCAUGGAGUUUCCUUCAAUAAAAGUUCUCUCCACCUUUUUUUUUUUUUUUGCAACACACCCAUUUUCUCUGAGUAUACACUGAAAGGUCUUCCAUCCCUACUGCUAAAAUUGACAUCUUGUUCACAGGUAGAACCAGUGAUUCUUCUUGAGUAACCUACUACCCUAGCUUUUCAUGGGGGCUUUCCCCCUUCUUUUUUGGCUUUUUAUUUCUUUUUUCCCUUCACUACGAACUUUAGUUGUUUGGUGGAAUCCUUGUCAGUGAGUGAAUGGUUGUAAAAUAGCAUCCCAUUUUUUUUUCUGCUGCUUUACUCUGCAACUACUCUCAUCCAUCGUUUUCUUAACUCUCACCUUAUUUAUUUUAGUCUUCUGACUUCUUCUUCUUCUAACCCUCCUCCAAUCUACUUGGAGUAACAUCUUGUUGGGACAUGCAAGUAACUGUCUCCAACAUUCUUGUUGUUCCAAUUUUUGUAUUGUUGUUGUCUGUAUGCUGAUUAGCGGGCUCUGUUCUUGUAAUUAAAACGCUCCAGUUUCUUGGGGAUUCUUACUGUUUUAUGUCAUCCUUCCUUCAGAUUUCUGUGUUCUUCAGUAGAUGAUUAUAUAUAACGUAUGCCUAAAGUCAUCAACAGAGUGAUUUGAACUCUGGAAAAGGUGUUUCUUUUAAGUGGGAAGGAAGCGAAGAGCUGAAAUAUUCUCUAUGGACUGGAAUUUGAAGACCCCAUUUUGGGAUUUUACUCAAUUGGAACAAGAUGUAUUAAAGAACAUCAAUACAAUAGGUGCAUCCAGCAGCUUUGUUGAAGAUAGAACGACUUCUGGGGAUUUCUCGAUUGAUUUGAAACUGGGUCAAGUCAGUAAUCUAGGAACAAAAUAUGCAGUCAAUGAGCCAGGAGUGUUGAAAAUGGAACCUUCCAAGAGGGCAAGAGGAUCUGGGAAUGGGGCUCAGCCUUUGUCAUGCCUUGUUGAUGGAUGUGUUUCAGACCUUAACAACUAUAGAGAUUACCACAGGCGCCACAAGGUCUGCGAGCUCCAUUCAAAGACUCCCCAGGUUACAAUUGGUGGACGAAAACAAAGGUUCUGCCAGCAGUGUAGCAGAUUCCAUUCACUAGAAGAAUUUGAUGAAGGAAAGAGAAGCUGCAGGAAACGUCUCGAUGGACACAAUCGAAGGCGACGAAAGCCACAGUCGGACUCCCUAUCACGAAGUAUUUUGUCUCAUUACCAAGGUUCCCAACUGCUACCAUUUUCUUCCUCACAUGUCUAUCCAUCUACAAUUGUUAUGAACCAUUCCUGGCGUGGAAUUUCCAAUACUGAGAUAGAUCCAAGGCUUCAUGUUCAGCAAGAGCCAACCCACUUCCCUGAUAAACACAACAUCUAUCUCGGACCAUCGUUGAACGAUAGCAUCCAUAAAAUUGAAAAGCAGGUUGCAUUUCUGCAAAGUGACAGUCCGGGAUCUUCGGUUGGCCUACCCUUUGUCAGGACCAUUGAUUUUUCAGAGAAUGGAGGCAGUCGGAGCAAAAUGUUCUAUGACAGGUUUACAACUCCAAGUCCACGCCAUGAAUCGGAUUGUGCUCUCUCUCUUCUGUCAUCUUUGCAGACACAGUCAUCCGAGAUCGGUUUCAACCAAGCCGAGCAGGACUGUCAUCUUAUAUCCUUCCUGCAGCCAUUAGAUGUGAGCUUAGGACAUCACAACAGGUUGGAGACAGUUAGUUCAGUAUUGAAUGGCUGUGUGAGUAAUGCUGAUAUGAAUUGCUCAGGUAUGUUUCACGUUGCAUCGAAUGAUGGAGGGAAUGAAGCUCCCCCACCAUCCCUUCCCUUCCACUGGCAGUAAAUUAACUUCAUUACACACAACUCAUCUUCUUAUUUAACUGCCUGUCUGCUAUGCUUGUGAAGCUUAACAAUGGUACUUCUCUCAUUUCAUCUUUGGUUGCUUUAUGGACUAUUUUUCUUACAUACUGUCUUUGUCUACUCAACUCCUUAUUUUUGUGUCUCUGUCACCCUCAGGCAUCAGUUUUUU